AUGGCGGCUACCGAAGCAGCUAUGGCGUCGUCGUCUUUGUCUUUGGAAACAGACACAGCCCCAGUUCUUGAAACUUCAGGAACAGCCGCAGCGACGGCCGCGAUCUCGCCAGCGACGGCUGAAACCACGACAGCUGAGGCUGCAGCCGCGACGGCUUCGGCUGAGGCCGCGGCUGGAUCGGAAGCCGGUGACUUCAAGUCCGCUAUGGCUAAUAAGUUGCUGUCCUUGAACGGCGUGUUUGCUGUGCACAAGCCCAAAGGGCCUACUUCAGCCGAGCUACUGAAUCGGCUGAAGGAGAAGCUGCUGGCAGAAGCUGGAAUGCCUCCUCCAAAAUGCAACAAGCGGAAAAAGCAAACUUUCAAAAUUGGGCAUGGAGGAACUCUAGACAGUGCAGCCACAGGAGUGUUGGUGGUUGGAGUUGGCAGGGGAACAAAAAUGUUGACCAGCAUGCUAUCAGGGACCAAGAGAUAUAUUGCCAUUGGAGAAUUGGGGAAAGCUACUGAUACACUAGAUUCUACAGGGAAAGUAACAGAAGAAAAACCUUACGAUAAAAUAAAACAAGAAGAUAUUGAAGGCAUUCUGCAGAAGUUUACUGGGAAUAUAAUGCAAGUACCCCCUCUCUAUUCUGCAUUAAAGAAAGAUGGACAGAGACUUUCAACUUUGAUGAAGAGAGGUGAAGUGGUGGAAGCAAAGCCUGCCAGGCCAGUUACUGUGUACAGUAUCUCCCUUCAAGAAUUCCAGCCGCCAUAUUUCACAUUAGAUGUUGAAUGUGGAGGAGGGUUUUAUAUCAGAAGCUUGGUCAGUGACAUUGGCAAAGAACUCUCUUCCUGUGCCAGUGUGCUAGAGCUGACCCGAACCAAACAGGGACCAUUUACACUAGAAGAACAUGCUCUUCCUGAAGAGAAGUGGACCAUUGAUGACAUUGCUCAGGCUCUCAAGCUCUGCUCAUCUCUUCUCCCAUCAGAGACGGGACUUAAAAAACCCAAACCUGAGGAGUCUAAAGAACAGGCUUUGAGCUGUGAAUUUAUAUCAUUAAAUGAGGUUAAGGGGGAGGAUGAUGUAAUUCAGUCAUAUUAAGAUUGUUCUGG